GGCAGGAAAGAGAGAUAUUGGGAGGGACUGCAGUGCGAAAUCUGCAGCACAGUGAGAGCGGAAGCUGCUUAUGAAUGAGUGUCAGUCUUUCGCCUUUGCUAGAUGCUCCUGAGGACAUUUUAUAUGAAUGUGCGCUCGCCGCUGCCGAGGAGACAAAGAUGCUUCAUUGCUGCUGGUUUUAAAGAGACUCUUGGGCUUUUUUUUUUUUUUUUUUCUCCGUUAUCCGUUUUGGUUGUUUUCAUUGACUUAUCUGCCUGAGAGACAUGUUGUUCCUUUUGUGUUUUGUUGAGUUGUAUCAUUCAUGUUUAGACCGGCUGUGAAUCUGCUUCCUAGAUGUGGAUUUUUUUUUGUUGUUGUUGUUGAAGACAUAGAAUUAGCACUACGCAGCAGACUGUUAAUCUCAAAAUAAUUGAUCAAUUGCUUCAUUCUGUUCUUGAUUUGAUGCUUGAUUAUAUUUUUGCGGAGAGACAACAAGUGCGUUUAGUAGUCGUAGAUUUUGGAUAGUUCAAACCCGGGUGAUUAUAAAUUAAAAUGGGCAAUAUAUUAAUGAUGCUACGUAUUUCCAGCCAAGCUAAAAUUUUACUUUAUUGUUUCCUUUGACGAUUUAUGGAGAUUUCUUUCAAGGUAAAUCUUUAUUAUCUGUUUUGAAUAAAAAAAAAGGUUGAGAUUUAAGCGAGCUUCCUGAUCAUAGCUGUCAAUGAAAUGACAAUGAAUGUUAGUUUCCAUGCCUUAUUUCACCUCAUUUAUCGCGAUUAGUUUGUGGCGUGUCAUCCUUUCGUCGCAGCCUGUGUCCGAUCGCCGGCUUUAAAACGAGAAUUCAAGGAAAUGAUUAUGUGUAAUUGUUUUACUAAGUUAGAUUAUCGGGCUACCUCUCGCUCCUCAUUUCCCUUUCUCAGAAAAACAAAUAAGGGGGAAAGAGUUAUGGAGGAUAAAUAUGAGACUGGGGAAUUUAAAAAUUGAUUGGUUCUAGUGUGCUGUAAGUGGGAGUUUUUUUUUUCUCCUCUCCCUCCAACAGGAAGUGAUUUGCAGUGUUCAGCAAGCCUUUUGUUGAGAAGGUUUUCUCAGAUCAGUGAGUCAUGCUUUAGCUCUGAGCCGGCAGGCAGGCAGGCAGGCAGGCAGGCAGGCAGGCAGCAGUCAGUAGAGAGUAUUUGCUCUUCCCUUUCAGUCUCCGUGAUCAUCAACAACAUAGACCUGUUUUUUUUUUUGUUUUUUUUUUCCUCUUCUCUUACUUUUUUUUGGAUUUCGAGGGUAGGCAUCAGCAUCACCGCUGGAAACCAAACAAGCUGCACCACAACCCUGGCCACCUUUUAUCCUCUUCUUCCUCUGCUUCAGUGUUGUGUUCCCAUGGAUUGUGUCUGUGUGUUUCUCUCUGACGGAUUGGAUUGCAGCUCUGGAUUUCACUGAGAGCAGAUUGGACUUUGGCGACAGCAGCAGCAGCAGCAGCAGCAGCAGCAGAAAACACAACCACCACUGUAACCUCAAUAGAGAAAAUUACAGUCAGGUGGCCUGUGAUUGCUAAAAGGCGUUUGCUGCCUGUACCAUUGCUGCUAUGUUACAGGAGAGGGUAAUCAGCGCGGCUCGGCCACGUCUGCCAGCACACUUGUGAACGAGGCAGGCUGUGCGCGUUGGUUGGUGGAGAGAGGGGAGAGAGCAAGAGAGAGAAGGGUAUGCUUCACCGUACCAAAUACAACCGCUUCAGGAAUGAGUCAGUAACAUCCGUCGAUGAGCUUCUCCACGGCCUGUCCAUGAACCCCAAGGUCUCGGCCACCCCCCAGUCUGCAGCCGAGACAUCAUACACACCCCCGACUGAGGUCCAGCCCUCAUCCGCCACCACCGCUCCGUCCAGCACCCCCACCGGCCACGGCUCCGACCACCUGGAAGAUGGAGGCACCACCCUCUGCACGCUCAUCAACAAGGUGUCCAACCUGAAAUUCAGCAACUCGGGCAGCUUGCUCGGCAUCAAGGGUCUGCCCUCGGCUGUCAAGGACCUGGCUGUGUCUAAGCUGCAGGGGGGUGGGGGAUCGGGCUCAGGCGGCUCCAGUGGCCCGAGCCCCAGUGCGGCGGCGGCGGCGACAGCAGCAGCAGCAGCCGCGGCGGCAGCAGCCUCUGGUGUGGGCGGCUCUCUGUGCAGCUCGGCCUCUCACUCAAGCCCCUGCUCGCAGCUGGAGCCGGCCGUUAGCAUGAGCAAGAAGAGCAGGCUGGACGAUCUCCAGCCCGGCGGAGAGGACUGGCAUCCGGGUGGAGGCGGCGGACUGGUGAGCAAGCCCUCCAGAGGAUGGCUGCACUCGAAUGAGAAGAUCUCUGGUCCAGGAGUGACAUACAUUGUGAAGUACCUGGGCUGUAUAGAAGUCCUUCGGUCAAUGAGAUCCCUGGACUUCACCACAAGGUCACAAAUAACAAGGGAAGCCAUCAGCCUUGUGUGUGAGGCUAUUCCAGGGACCAAAGGAGCACUGCGGAAGAGAAAGCCACCGUCCAAAGCUCUGUCCAGCAUUUUGGGGAAGAGCAAUCUGCAGUUUGCUGGCAUGUCCAUCAACCUAAACAUCUCCACCAGUAGCCUCAACCUGAUGACCCCCGACUGCAAACAGAUCAUAGCCAACCACCACAUGCAGUCCAUCUCCUUUGCAUCAGGCGGAGACCCAGACACAACAGAUUUUGUUGCAUAUGUAGCAAAGGACCCUGUUAAUAGAAGAGCAUGUCACAUCCUGGAGUGCUCCGAUGGACUGGCCCAGGACGUCAUCAGCACCAUCGGCCAGGCCUUUGACCUUCGCUUCCAGCAGUACCUGCAGUGCCCCUCGAGCAAGCUGUCCUCCACGCAUGACAGGGUAUUAAACAUGGAGGAGUUACCGUGGACAGAGGAAGAGGAGGAGUCAGCAGAGCACCCUUACUACAACAACAUCCCCGGCAAGAUGCCACCCCCCGGGGGCUUCAUUGACACCCGGCUGGCCAAUCAGAAUGCAGCAGAUGGAGGCCAGAUGGGUCCAGGCUCAGUAGAUCAGACGUAUUACCAAGGGCGACAUUGUGAAAACUGGGGAGACGAGAGAAAGCCCAUCUUCCUUCAGCAGGGAUCGUUUGAUAUAAGCAGUCUGCCAGAGAGUAAAGGUCAGGCAUCAAAAGCAGGGGAGAUGCCCACGUAUGUGAACACCCAGCAGAUCGAUGCCCAGGUGCUCGCAGCGCUCCAGGCUGAGGCAGAAAAUGUGACAAAGGGCAUGGCAGCGGCAGCAAAAGAAAGCCCACAGAAGGACCUGUUUGACAUGAAGCCCUUCGAGGACGCCAUUCAGUCCCAGUCCCAGCCACCGUCCCAGGGGCAAGCCCAGUCCCAGGUGUCUGGUCUCCACAAGGCAGCAUCCGUGGACAACUCGAGUCCUCUGCUAGUGCGCUCUCUGGCUUUCCGGGCACAGGAGGAGCUGGAGGGCCAGACGUGGUACCAUGGAAAAAUGAGCCGCCGUGAUGCUGAGAAACUACUGAAAGAGGACGGGGACUUUCUCGUCCGUAAGAGCACUACAAACCCAGGGUCCUACGUACUAACAGGCAUGCACAAUGGACUUGCCAAACACCUACUGCUGGUGGACCCUGAGGGCACGGUACGGACAAAAGAUCAUAUAUUUGACAGCAUUAGCCACCUUAUUGGCCAUCACCGUGACAACAAUCUGCCGAUUGUGUCAGCCGGGAGUGAACUGUGUCUCCUGCAGCCUGUUGGAAGGAAACAGUGAUGCUUGCAGUGCCUGAUGGGAAACAGGAAGCUCUAAACAGUCUCCAGUCUUGGAACGUGAAGAUGAAACACGAGAAGAUGCUUAAAUAAAGGCUCUAUGCGCUGACAGAGUGACCUGCAGCUACUUUCCUGGAGUCACUGGAAGAUUUGUUUAAGAUAAAAAAAAAAGAAAUAUUUAUAGAACUGUUAUUAUUUUUGUUGUGAUGACUGAAAUGCUAUAUUUUUGAGAAGACAUAGGUGCAUUUGGACAUAAUAUCUUGAUUUGGUGUUUUAAAAGAUUUAAAAGAAAAAUGUUCUUGUAGUUUAGAUGAAGUGCAAAUCAAACCUCAAAGAGGUGUUAACAAGAGUAUUUUAGAAUAAAAAUCUGAAAUUUUAGUUUUGUCUGUCAAGCACAACCACAUUUCUACAGGAACUGUUGGCUAAGAUGUCGAGGAAGCAGGAAUGCUGUUUAUAAUGAAUCUAAUGAAUUACAUUAGGAGGGGUGGGGGUGGGGUCUUUAAAUCUCACCAAUAGUGUGACGUCUUACUCAAUUAGUCACUAUAUGAAACCUGCUUUUACUGGAGAUUAGAACUGAAUGUGUUUUGCUUUGCAGUUGUCACAAAGUGUUGGGGUGCAAACCGACGCCCUUCAUAGUGCUGUCAAUGGCUUUAAAGAUAAACUUUUUUAUGAAGUAUUUUCUCGUGUCACUGCAGUCGCAUGACUUAAAAAUCAACCGUUCUUGUGGCCAUGUUCGUAGACCUUGAGACCCCUUUAUUUGAAAGAGGUGCUUGUGUAUGCUGACACUGUAAAAUAGUUAUGCUUUUCAACCAGUGAUGUUAUUUCUGAAUUGGUUUUCUCUGAAUUCUUUUAGGUGUGUCGUCGGUGAUUAGUUUUGGGCCUUGCAGUGGAUAUUCUCACAUCUUUUUUUUUUCUUUUAUUUUGAUUAUUAUUUUAUUUCCUUUGGUGAAAAUGAAUAGCACAAUCAAGAAGUUAGAUCACUUAGAUCAUCUGCGUCAGUUAUACCAAGAGGAAUUAGUGGUGAGACGUAACUUACAGACUCAAUUAGACAGAUGCUGCGUUCACACUGUGUGCACUCGAUCCAGAAUGUUAAAUAUCAGAUCACUUUUUGGUUACUGAUUUUUGAAAGAGUUUAUCAGCGUUGAUAUCAAAAUGGCAAUACUACUGUUUUGCCACUAGAUGUCAUCAAAGAGGUACGUGUUCACCCCUGUCAGUCACCCUUCUCUUAUUUUAUCAUUUAUUGCAAGAGAAGAAUGCAGUGUCCUGUAUUGCUUGAAGCAUUACAGUUAAGGGGGAAAUCUAGCUCUUACGAAGCAACUAGUUAAAGGGUUGAUUUUAAUUUUGCGGUCCGCUGUACACGACCGUUCAUCGGAUUUUAGUUAUACAAAGUACUUUUUUUGUGGGGAAUUAAUCCAAAUUUGGAAAUGGCUCACAGAAAUGGUACAUGUCAGUUCUGGAGACAGCCUUUUUUUUAAAAAAAGGAAAAAAAAAUGCUCUCAUCCGUACUAUUGUCAGGACUCUGAUGGAAACCAAAUGAAUGGGGCAUUGUAUUUGAUAUGCACUGGACCAAUUCAGUUGAACCAAAAUCAGCAUGUGUUCAAUGAGUUUGACAAGACAGAUGCAAUGUAAUAUAAUGUGCCUGUGUUUUGCUGCAAGAGGGAGUGUACAGUACAUGCAUCUCACAACAACACACACAUUUAGCAAAAAGCAGUAUAGGGAUAAUUUAAAUAAAUAAGUAAUCCGCUAGAUCAGUUCAAGACCAGCUGUGUCCCAUAUCCCGGUUUUCAUCUCAGGAUUCGUUUAAGGGGAGAAGAAUAAUUUUACGUAGAAAAGAGUCAAUGGGGAAGAUAUAUUUACCACUUAUGUUCUUUUGAUGUUUGCAACAUAAUUUCAUCAAAUCUAAUACUGGGAAAAGGAAUGUGGCGCAAGUUUCUUUUAAAGGCGCCAAUUUAAAUCUGUUAUCAGAAUAUUUUAGAAUCACAAAUGGAGCAGAAACAGCUCGGUACUGAAAUUGAGACGCCAAACACACUGGGACACAAAUAAGUACACGCCGUCUUUCCAGAUUUCUGUUGAUGAAAAUGUGCCUUUUAUUUUCACAAUUGGUGGUGUUGUUUUUUUUUUGUUUUGUUUUGAUAUAUAUCUAUAUAUAUUUCUUUCUCCCUUCAAAGUGCAAUAGCUGAUCUUCAAUGGGGCAUGCCUGUUCACUAGAGGUUGUGUUUUGCCCUGCUGCGUGUUGCUGCUUGAGACUACUGUUUCCUCCCUCUCUCUAUCUCCGUCUCCCUCCCUCCCACCUUCCUUCCCUCCCCCUUUCCUCCCUCUCUAUUAUAUAUUCUAGAUGUAUCAUUUCGAGAUUCUGAAUAUAAAUCUUUGUCCGAGGGAAUUGCACAGAAAACUCACUAUUUUGGGACAGGUAAAGUUGAGAAAAAAAAAGGAAAUAAAAACAUAGAAACAACAAGUCCAAAUGAUGUUUACAGAUUUAA